AUGCUGAAAAAAAGCAUCGACGCCAAAGUUCGCCCUCUUGCCAACGUGAGUCUUGAAAGAGCAAGUCUCCUCGGCGCUGCUCGCAUCUACGUCAGCAAAGAUUCCCUCAUCUCACUCACCGGCGGCCUUGAAAGCGGCCGGCCAUGUAUCGUUGAGAGCCUCCAAACAGACGACACCUCUGGCGAUGGGUCGUCAGCAGAUGCAGAGACCACCAAACGGAGGGGAGCCUCGCUAUGGGUUCUCCCCGAAAAGAACAUCAGCGCCAAUGUUGUCAUGAUGACAAGGGCCUUUCAGGAGGCGACAGGAUUCAAGCUCGGAGAUGUAGUCAGGAUCACUCUUGCGGAGCCUGCCGCGAUUCCGGAUGCAGAAGAAGUUGUGGUUCAGGAUGCUGCUACGGAGGCCGAUCAGCAGAAGGAUGCUGCUGCAGAAUCAAGACAUGCCCCGUCUUGGGAGUUUUCCAUCAGUAUCUCUCUCGACCGUGCGGAGCAAGUGUUCCCUGGCAUGGUCCUCGAGGGUGUCAACAUCAACAAACUGCGCCGAACGUUCAAAGUCAUAUCAGUCAAUGGACAGUCCAAUAACAUAGCUCGGUUCAAGCUCUCCUCGUCAACAGUACGGAUUCUCCAGCCCGGGGGCGACAAUUAUUCCCCUGAGGAUGCGCAAGUGGCUGCUACAUCUGGUCCUUUGGCUGUCACGGGAGUCCCUGGUUUAUCCUCUCAAAUCAACACCAUCAAUCAGUUCCUCAGAGGGUUUGGCCGACCUUUUUGGAUACAAAAUGAGCGCGAAUCUUGCGGAUUCGUCAUCCAUGGCGGCCACGGUACUGGCAAGACGUUCAUUCUGCAGCGCAUCGCAGCUACCAACUGGGGUCGAGUUCAUUGGAUCAGGUCUUCAGACAAGCUGUCAUCCAUCAGGGAGACGUUUAAGCAAGCCCAGUCUCAGCAGCCGAGUCUUCUCUUCAUCGACGGCCUCGAAGACAUUCUCGCCAAAGAUCGGUCUAACCGUGACACUGUCAUCGACGCUCUUGGCGAUGAGCUCGACAACCUCUCUGCAGCAGCCUCUGCUGCCAAUGCUCUACCUCAGGUCGUGGUUAUCGCCACAUGUCUAGAUUACUUGGCAGACGUGCCAGCCAAGCUUCAGAAGCGUUCACGUUUCCGUGAGAAUAUUGCCUUGCCUAUUCCUCGCGCAACGGAACGCCUCGAGAUAUUGCGCUUCUUCAACCCUCCUCUAAGGGCUGAAGAAAAGGAAUCUUGCCUCGUCAGCCUGGCAUCAAAGACUCACGCAUAUAAUGGCGACGAUCUCGCAAACCUGGUGCUAAAUGCCAAGAAAAUUCUCGGCAACAGGCUUGACGAGGAGGCUGCUGCUGCUGCUGCUGCUCACAAUGCUGACGCUGAUGUAUCGGGAGAAAUAGCUCAAGAGACAGAGCAGCCAAAGGAACACUAUCUUACCUCUCAUGACAUGGAACAAGCCCUGCGCAUUACUCGUCCCACGGCUAUGCACGACAUAAAUUUGAAGCCACCCACCAUUCACUGGCAAGAUGUUGGUGGCCAAGAAUCUCUCAAAAAGGUUCUGUCUCGAAUGAUCAAGAACACAAAGGAUACCAAUCCCUCUUCUCGUCACGUCCUGCGUCAGCCUCCAAAGGGCCUCCUUCUGUACGGCCCACCCGGUUGCUCCAAGACACUGUCUGCCCAGGCCAUGGCUACCGAAUCUUCAUUCAACUUCUUCGCUGUCAAGGGCGCUGAGCUUCUCAACAUGUACGUUGGUGAAUCAGAGCGUGCCGUGCGUACGCUUUUCGAACGCGCCCGCGCUGCCGCCCCUUCUAUCAUCUUUUUUGAUGAGAUCGACUCCAUUGGCGGUUCCCGGACUGGAGGCAACGGCGCCGCCGCUGCCGCCAGGAGCACAGGCUCUGUCAAUAUGCUUACCACUCUUCUUACGGAGAUGGACGGCUUCGAGUCCCUCACGGGCGUUCUAGUCCUCGCUGCCACUAACCGUCCUGAGGCCAUGGACCCAGCCCUCCUCCGCCCCGGCCGCUUUGACCAAAUUCUCUAUGUUGGUCCCCCUGACCUCCCUGCCCGACGGGCCGUCUUCGGCGUGCAUCUACGGGGCCUCGCCCUCGCGUCGGAUGUGGAUAUCCAAGAACUUGCCCGUAUCACAGAUGGCUAUUCAGGAGCCGAGAUCAAAGCUAUUUGCAACGAGGCUGGGUUGACGGUGCUCGAUAGGUGCGACGAAGACGAAACAGGCACUGAGAAGAUGGAGAUUCGAAUGGCGGAUUUAGUGGCCGCGGUAGAAAAGACCCCGAGAAACAUUACAGCCAUGAUGAUUUCAGGUUACGAAAUCUGGUCGAAGCAAUUUAAACGACUAUGA